CUCACCGCUCCGGCCUGCUCUCAGCCUCCUCUCCGCUUCCCUCCGCAGCGCCAUGCGGUUUUCUCCCUGCACCCUGGUGCUCCUGGGGCUCCUGGGGUCCUGGCGCUGCGGGGAUGCCGCAGGUCUUCUUGAGCUCUCCUUAGGAAAAUUCAGAAAUGUGCUUCUUAACCAGACCAAUCCAGUGGAAGCUGUAAUCAGGAACAUUGCAAACAAUGUGACUGUUGUUGUUUUUCAAGUACAUGCCCAGCAAAGCGAUGUGAUGAUAUCCUUUGAUAAGAAUCCAUCUGUGAACAGCUCAGGAACUGGAGUAGACAAAGGACUGGUUUCCAUCCUUCGGCCUCAACAGAGUGUAUGUACGUGGUACCUUCGAUCACUGGAUGCUAACCAAGUGCUCAGCACAGCUAUCUCUAUUCCCUAUAUGGAGAAAGAUCCUAUUCCUGGGGGCUGCAAUAUAGAAUUUGACUUGGAAGUGGACCCGAAUAUUUACCUAGACUAUACAUUGAUUGAUACACACAUCAAGUUUGCCCCUGCAAACUUGGGCUAUGCCAGAGGAGCAACCCCACCAUCUUGUGAUUUGGGGACUGAUCAGAACUCCAGAUGGCGCCUGCGCUAUGAUGUCUACCAGUAUUUCUUACCAGAGAAUAACCUUUCUGAGAUGGUGCUCAUGAGCCACAUACAGAAGAUGUCUGAGGUGGAAAGUAUCAAAGCUAAUGGCAUUAAAAUGCUUACGCUGACAACUGGUGACAAGACCAAUAUCUACUUUUCCUCACUUCCUGGGCAAGGUGUGAUCUACAACGUCAUAGUAUGGGACCCUCUUUGGAAUACUUCUGCUGCAUACGUUCCUGUGCAUACGUAUGCCUGCAGCUUUGCUGACCUGGUGGAUAACUGUUCUUCUCUCAGUAAACUCUCUACCAAAGUGUUCUUCACUACUCUUGCUGUUCUUGGUCUUUUCACUUGCUUUUUUGGGCACAGAUUCUGGAAAACAGGCUUAUUCUUCAUGGGCUUCAUAUUCACAGGAUUCUUCUUCUUUGUACUCGUUACUAGGGUAACUGGCCUUGGUUAUGAUGUGCGUCUUAUUUUGACAGCAGUAGCUGGAAUUACUGGAGGGUUUUUCCUGGUUGCAAGCUGGUGGAGAUUUGGCUCUGUCCUACUCUGUAUGUUUAUAAUUGGGCUUGUGCUGGGAUUUCUCUUCUCGUCAACAAUCUUCUUUACUCCACUAGGGGACUACAGGGUCUUCCGUGAUGAUGUUGUGUUCUGGGUGACCUUUUCUUCUGUUGCAUUGCUGAUUCCAGUGCUUUUUGUUGGGUGUCCAAGAAUGUUGAACAUACUGGCCUCUGGAAUAGUUGGCUCUUAUGCUGUGAUCCUAGCUAUUGCUUGUUAUGUCUACACAAGUCUCUCUUACAUCUCCUUAAACCUACUCAGAAGAGUUCUCAAUGAUUACUUCAGCAGAGCUUACACCAAUGUGCCUUUUCAAACAAAUGACUUCAUCACUCUGUCAGUGUGGAUAAUGCUGGCCCUCAGCGGAGUAACUGUGCAGCUUCGCCGAGAGAGAAGCGAAGUGCCCUUCCCACCACACCCCUAUCUCACUUGGAAGCGGGAAAGGGAGCGCAGAAGCACCAAUGUCCUAGACCCCAGCCAUCAUAUCCCUCCCCUGAGAGAGAGGAUCCAUAGCAAGCUGCUGCAUAUCAAAGAGAUUUUUCAGAAAGAGCAGCCAGCUGGGGAAAGAACUCCGCUGCUCCUUUAACUUGCGAAAUAACUGAUGGGAACAGAGAGGAAGAAUCUAGGAACGGUGCAAACCAGCCAGUGGUGCAGGAUUUACCACUGUCAACUUCUGCUUAAUAAGAAGAUCAUAUUUGCCCAACCUGGAGGAGCAGUUAUCUGUCUUGUACACUACGUGCUAUUUUGUGACUCUUUCCUCAAUGGCCUACUUAGCCUGCUGUAACGUGUAUGUCUGGCUGCAGAAUCUUGUACUAAUGGCCAAGUACAGGUAUUGUGGUGAUGUCUAGGCAUAUGAAGUCUAAAACAGUCCCUAGAAAGCAACCUGUACAAAGGUGGUUCUUCUCUCACUGUGGAAACCAUAGCUGAAAUACUGCCUGGCUCACUCCUGAAGGUGAGCAGUCUCUCAAAUUGCAAGGGAGGAGUGAUAAGGACCAUACAUAGAAGGAACUCUUCUAGCAGGAACUGAAGUAUCACCUUCUAAUAUAGGUACAAAAAUGCAUGGCUGCAGACAUAAUUGUUUCCAAGAAGUAUUACUGAGCCUUGCAAGCUAAACUAAGUGACUUGAAUUGAAACUGCACUGAAUAAACUAUUACAAAUAUGCAUGCUGGGGCUCAGGAAGUGGACCUGAACUGAGACAAGAUUUUUCUCCCUCACUUUCAGAUGGUUCUGUAGCAACCUGGUCAUCUGGUCUCUGUGCAGAGAUGACUGCUAAGAGAACACAAGAGGCUUGCCUCUUUGUUAGCUUUCUGAACAGCCUGUGACUUGCUUCUGCUCUGGUAUGAUCUCUUUUUUGCUGGUGCUGUCAUAAAAGAAAAAUCUAAAUAAGCUCUUUGUAGCCAAUGAUAGGGUUUUUUUCCUGGAAUUGUCUGAAACACUAGUUUUAUUUUUAAUCAAUAUCUUUUAAUUUUGCCUUUGAAAACAGCACCGAGCUGGUAAAAUACUAAGAUCUUUGCUGACUGAAUGUGUUCCUUGCCAAUUUGGAUUGCAUCUGCCCAAAGCAGGAUGCAGUAAAACAGAUAAGUGACUUUGUGAGCUGUGGUCUUGUGUGGUGACUUUAUUCAGUUCCUUAAAAACAAAACCAAUAGCCAUUUUCAGAGUGUACACUGGAGCACUGUGGGCUUGGCUCACAUAAAUGUACCAGCAGUCCAGAGGCUGUCCUUGGUUUUUACCUGCCCUUGUCCCCCACACCCAAUCCUGGUCUUCACAUUCAGUGUUUACAUGGUGAUUAAAUGAUGCAUUAAAUGAUGAAGUCUUGCAUCCUGUACCUUGAUACAGGUUGUGGUGGCUCUUCUUACUCUCAUUAUCUUCGUACUUUUAGUGUGGGCAGCAAAGUGCAGAGUCCUUCCUGCCUGAAGGAUAAUUACUGUUCUGCUACCUGAGUGGAGCUACCAUGAGUGAAUAGCCUAGUGGUGGAAACGUAAGUUCUUGACCACUGCUUUAAAUUCUUGAUAGUAUUUAAGAAUCAACUCUUUGUACAGAAACUGGCAAAAUAACUUUAUCUGAGAACUUAGUUGAAAGUUGAAACACCCUGGCAGUAGAAAGGAAUUAAUGACUUUGAAAUUACUCAUCGAUGAAAGUGAGUGAAGGCUUAAUGACAUAGUAUCUGAGGUGACUGAGCCAAUCUGAUGUUUAGAGACAAAUCUCAUGAUUGCUUGGAGCUGAAACAUCUUCAAACAGCAGAGCAAGGCUGAAAUCUUGUGAUUUGGGUCUUAUUUCACUGUGCUGUUGUGUGGCACAUGGGGGUAAAUGAGAAGCUCUUUCCCUGGCCUCUGGCAGACUUACUGCACUGAUCCUGAGCAUGUCUUUGCCAUAGUCAACGGCAAGUAGCAAACACUUGGUAUAUAAAUGCUCUUGAAUGUGUUUACCUUGUUUUUUAUAACUGCUGUGAUUAACAUUGUGGAAAAAAGUUUAACUCAUUUUCUAUAUAUUUUAUAAUAAAGAUGUCUUUUGAAAGAA